UUGAUUCCAAAUUUCCAAUAGUGGCAGUAGGCAAGUUGCACGGAACCCAAUAAUUCGAUUCCGUUGGUCAAAAGCUGCAACCAAAACCCAAACCAAACCUGCAUACACUUUACGCAGUUCAGCAUCCGUAUCCGCAUCUUGUUCUGUUCUGUUCUAGCAAAAAUUGAAGCGAGAAUAUUGCAAAGAUGAAUCUACAAAACACACCUUCCUCUCAUGGCUUUCACAUGCCUGCAGAAUGGGAACCUCACUCCCAGUGUUGGAUCGGUUGGCCCGAACGCGCCGAUAAUUGGCGUGACGCUGCUGUUCAUGCUCAACGUGUGUUUGCUAGAGUGGCUUCUGCGAUCUCCAAAUUCGAGAGAGUAACCAUUUGUGCUAGUGCUGCUCAAUGGGAGAAUGCACGGAAUCAGUUACCGGAUCAUGUUAGAGUCGUUGAGAUUAGUACUAAUGAUUCUUGGUUUCGUGAUAUUGGACCUACCUUUGUUGUGAGAAGAGAAACAUCGAAAUCGGAUGAUGCGGAUCAUAAAAUUGCUGGAAUUGAUUGGACCUUUAAUAGUUGGGGAGGUUUAGAAGAUGGAUGUUACAAUGAUUGGAGUCUGGACACAUUUGUCGCUAAGAAGAUUUUGGAACUUGAGAGGAUUCCUAGAUUUUCGCAUUCUAUGGUGCUUGAAGGUGGAAGCAUUCAUGUGGAUGGAGAAGGAACAUGUCUUACAACUGAAGAGUGUCUGUUGAACAAGAACAGGAACCCACAUUUGAGUAAGAACCAAAUAGAGGAUGAACUUAAGGCAUAUCUUGGAGUCACGAAGGUUAUAUGGUUGCCUCGUGGAUUAUAUGGAGAUGAUGAUACAAACGGUCAUAUUGAUAACAUGUGCUGUUUUGUGAGGCCUGGUGUGGUUCUUUUGUCAUGGACUGAUGAUAAAACUGAUCCUCAGUAUGAAAGAUCUGAAGAAGCAUAUUCUUUACUUUCAAGUGUAACUGAUGCUAAGGGUAGAAAAAUUGAAGUCAUUAAACUCCAUGUUCCCGAUCCACUAUACAUGACGGAGAAAGAGGCUGCUGGAGUUUUUCAGGAUAAUGAGGCCAAACCAAGACUUCCCGGAACAAGGCUUGCUGCUUCAUAUGUAAACUUUUACAUUGCAAACAGUGCUAUCAUUGCUCCACAAUUUGGAGAUAAAAAGUGGGAUGAUGAAGCUAUCCGAGUUCUGUCUAAAGCCUUCCCUGAUCAUGAAGUUGUGGGAAUUGAAGGUUCCAGGGAGAUUGUUUUGUCGGGUGGAAAUAUACAUUGCAUCACUCAGCAACAACCAGCCAUUUAGGGGCACUAUCUGAUAGAGGAUUAUAUCCUUGUUAAUUAAAUAAUUCAGAUAUUAGUAAGAUGUAGUAAUUACAUGGUUAAAAAUCUUAGAUUGUUAGUUUGGUAGGAUUAGUAUCCUAUCAAUUGAUGCUUUCAUUGAUUUGUAUUGUAUUGAGAUUUGGAUCCUCUAUAGCAACAAUUCUUUCGACUUCUACACACUUAAAUCUCAACGGUUGGAUUUCUCUAGUGGCAGUUGAGAAAUUAAAUUAUAUUUUUUUUGAUGAGUGUGUUUCAAAAUAGAAAGUGUAGCUCUAGUAAGUGAAAUUACAUAUAUUUAUUUCAACUUCAA